AUGUUUUUGGUGGAUUGGUUUUAUGGGAUUCUAGCGUCGCUUGGACUGUGGCAGAAGGAGGCCAAGAUCUUAUUCCUGGGCCUCGACAACGCUGGCAAAACCACCCUGCUUCACAUGCUCAAAGAUGAGAAAUUAGUCCAGCAUCAGCCUACCCAGUAUCCUACAUCAGAGGAGUUGAGUAUUGGAAAGAUCAAGUUCAAAGCUUUUGAUCUAGGGGGUCAUCAGAUUGCUCGAAGAGUGUGGAAAGAUUACUAUGCCCAGGUAGAUGCAGUGGUGUAUUUGGUUGAUGCGUAUGACAAGGAAAGGUUUGCUGAGUCAAAAAAAGAGCUGGAUGCUCUACUCUCUGAUGAAUCUUUAGCCAAUGUCCCUUUCCUUGUCCUUGGAAAUAAAAUAGAUAUUUCAUAUGCUGCCUCAGAAGAAGAGCUGCGUUACCAUUUGGGCCUGACUAACUUCACCACAGGCAAAGGUAAGGUAAAUUUGACCGACUCAAAUAUCCGUCCAAUGGAGGUGUUCAUGUGCAGUAUUGUGAAGAAAAUGGGUUAUGGAGAAGGUUUCAAAUGGAUUUCCCAGUACAUCAAAUAG